AUGUCUGGCUCCCUGAGCCACUGGCGAAGUGCCACCGUCCUGCUCGGGUGGCUCCUGUGCUGCACGUUGCCGCGGGCACAGGCUCGUCUGGUGAAUACGGGCCCGACGUGCCUCACGUCACAGAACAGCUCUUGCUCUGCGCAGCUGCGGGAUCACCUGCAGCACUUGGCCGAGGCAGUGGAUAUUCUCCUGCCGGCGCCUGGCCAGCCUCGGAUCGGCUGGCGUUCAGAAAGAGCAUAUUUCCUGGAGAGCACCGACAUCAACUGGCGCCCUCUGUUCGUGCUGGGAGUGGGGGAGGUCCUGGGCCACAUAGUGCGCGGUGUGACGGGUUUUGGAUCCGCCAUCGUGCUGGUGUCCUUCUGGACCAUUUGCAAGACAGCUGGCCUUGAUGCAGGACCGUUCCAGAGUCUCAUAUUUGCUGACAGCAUCUGCGCUUUGGCCACCGCCGCGCCGCUGGUGUACAUCACCAAGCCCUGGAAGUUUGCCAGCUGGCGCCUUGUUGUCACCCUGCUGGCCUUCCAGGCUAUCGGGGCGCCAGUGGGCGCAUAUCUAGUAUUCAGGCUGGAGCCGGCUCCUCUGAACUUUGCAAUUGCCACGGCGCUGCUCGUCCUGUUCCUGCUCAUGGUAUGCCCGCUGGAGGAUUGUAUCCGCCGCCUGCAGGCGCGGGUAGGGCCGAAGCACCCCGCCGACCUGACCCGGCCGCUGCUAGCAGCCGGCUCAGAAACAGGGCCAAAUACGCGCCGAAGAUGGUGGCAGCGCCGGGGGGUGACUCAGCAGGAGCCGCCAGCUGGCGACGCGGCCGUGCCAGAUCAGGCACCCACCAAGCCUGGCACAGCUGCUGCCUGGCCGCCUGGCGGCGUGCCCUCUCCCUUCCAGGACGCCUCUCAGCAGUCAGAACAGCACGAUCAUCCGCAGCUUGUAUUCGCAGACAACCCGCUCCUGUUGAGCCGCAAGCAGUCGGACAGCGCGAGCAGCCUGCGAGUGGCAGGAGGCUCCAGCCUUCCUGUGCCCACGAAUGCCAAACGGCGCGUCAGCAUUAGUGAGCAUCCCGACGAAGCUGGGUUGCAUGUGAAGGAGACUGGGGUGGAAUCACUGGGUGGGGCGGAGUCGCGGAGGGUGGAUCACGAGACGGCCGGCAGCUCUGGGGUGGAUGCCGGGGCAGGGGUUGGAGGCGCGCAAGAGGGCGGUUUGGCGGGGGGACCGGGGGAAAUACGGGGGCCAGGAGAAGUUGCCGAGAUUUCCCCCGGAGAGAUGGAGGGCGGUGGCAGUCGAAGUGGGGGGUCCGAAUCGGGGGAGUCUGACCUGGCGCAGACAGCCAGCGCUGAGCUGGGCGGUGUAGUCAUCGGCAUCAUGCCUGACUCGGAGCUCUCUCACAGCGCCCGCCUGGUGGACAGGAGCGCCUCGCACAGGAAGGCAGCGGAGUGGAGCAUGGACACGCGGACGCUCAUCGGAUCGGCAGCGCUCGCCGCAACCUGCAGCGGCAUGCUCAGUGCUCUAUCCGGCAUCGGCGGCCCCCCGCUCAUCCUCAUGUUCCAGCUUCUUGCAGUUCCCAAGAGGGUCGUGCGUGCGACGAUGGUAACAACGAGCAUAGUCAGCGUAAAGUUCUUCACCUACCUUUUCAUGGGAUCUGCCAACAUGAGCGACGUGCCGAUGUACUGCCUGGGGAUCGUGAGCGCCUAUAUCGGCCUCAACAUAGGCAACGCCCUCGCGCAGCGCCUCAACCAGCAGGCAUUUGGGAAGGUGCUCCUUGGCGUGAUGCUGCUGAGCACCUGCCUGCUGUAUGCGUCAUCCUUUGGGCUGACUGAGCACUGA